GAUCGCUGCCAUCCUCACCCACGAAACAGGUGCCCCCGGCACACUGAAGGACUCCAAGGAACCCACCUACAGAAGACGCGCAAAGCGAACUGCAUUUCCCAGGGCCGAGCCCGCGUUCCCACAGCUCUCUGGGAGCACGCGAGGGGAGGGCCCGCCCGGAGAGGGUGGUGAAUGCACCGCCUCAGUCCCCAUAGCCCCACCCCGUCAGUGCCACUAAAUACGUCCUUCCGCUUCCUUCUCUCUCUUUCUCCGCCAUCGAGGUGCGCGCGUUCGCCUCUGCCUCACCAUGUCUUCCCACAAGACUUUCAGGAUCAAGAGGUUCCUGGCCAAGAAACAAAAGCAGAAUCGGCCCAUUCCCCAAUGGAUUCGGAUGAAAACUGGUAAUAAAAUCAGGUACAACUCAAAGAGGAGACAUUGGAGAAGAACCAAACUGGGCCUAUGAGAAGUCACACGAGAGAUGACUCACAUAUUUAUGCUGUAUCCAGGUUGCCUACACCCGUAAAUGAUUGAAAAGAUGCUACUGUCUGGACAGUUGGGGCAUUUUAAUUGGAAGAUUAAUGAACUUGUGAUUUUGCUCUGUUGAUUUUUCCCUCCUGAAAUAGAAGGCUGAUUCAGUAAUAAAUGUGAGCUCUUUUAAACUGC